GAGACGUAAUACACGGGUGGCGCGAGAGGGCGGAGGAGGGCGAGAAACAAGACGAAACGACGAGGAGCGGUGGAGAGAAGGAGAGAAGGAGGGAGAGAGGGAAAGGGAGAGAGAGAGAGAGAGAGAGAGACGCGAAGCCGACGACGCCGCGCUGCUCUGCUCUCCCGUGUCUCUUCGUCUCUCGGUGCGCUCUCGCGGCGUGUACCUACCACCUUAUAAAACGUACGCGCAGUAUCGCGCGCUCGGGACCGGCGCGCUGCGCGACGAAAGCGCGAGGCGCGAGAGGAACGCGAAUCGAGAGAUCGCGCGAGUCGUGCGAGCCUGCUUCGUUGCGAUAGCGCGCGAGUGAGGCUUUCUCGCAGUUCGCCGCUUCGUUUCGUUACGUGCAAGCGAGCGGAGGAGCCGCGCGCGCGGUAACAGCGGUUCUCUUCGUCCUCGGCGUUGAUCUUCUUUCACGCGGUUCGUCGCCGCCACCGCCAACGAGGGAAUCGGUUACGUGGUGUGAGAUAGUGCAGAAAGUUUUGUGCAGUGAACGGUCGUUAAUAGACUAGUACCCGUGACUACGCUCUCCUACGGCUACGAAUAAGGAGAGCGAGGAAGAGGGACUGUGGGGAGGACAGAGGCGAGAAAGAAAGAGGGAAAAAGAGAAAGAGCGCGCGAGCGAACGAGCGAGCGAGCAAAAGAGAGAGAGAGAGAGAGAGAGAAGAGGAGAAGCGUGCUAUAUGCGUAAAGGCACCGCGCGCGAGUGCCAGAACAGAGUGCGAGAGAGCAACUGGCUGAUAAAACGAUAGAAGAGGAGAAGAGAAAAGGGUGGUCGCGAUACACACCGAAAGCCGCUAAGAUGCAGUUUCUCAGUGGCCUGAUAUUACCGAUCCUGCUCAACUUCGCGCUCUGCCUCCUGUUGAACGUGUUGACGUUAUACGCGCGGCAGGUCGCACCUUUGAUAGAGGACGACUGGGCGAGGAGACCGCAUCGUGCCGCCGAAUGCAACUUCGGCAAGCAGAUUCGCGAGCUGGGCACCACGUGGUUCGCGGAUUUGGGUCCGCCCUUCGGAGUCAUGUAUUGCAUCAAGUGCGAGUGCGUACCGGUGCAAAAGAAGAAGCGAAUCGUCGCGAGAGUGCAAUGUCGCAACAUCAAGAACGAAUGUUCCCAACUCACGUGCGACGAACCAGUUCUACUACCAGGUCGAUGCUGCAAAUCGUGUCCCGGUGACUUCAGUACAGACAUUGUGCAAGAUCUGCCAGUGCAGUUGUCUUCAGAGGAGGAAGAGCGAAAUCUGAAACAUUUCGGCACUCUCUUGACCGGCAGGACGUCGCAGUCGGUGCGUUGCGACGAUCCGAACCCGACGUCGGUGUACAACAGCGCCUACAACUACCUGGCGACCGGUCGUUUCACCUUCCACCGCAAGAACCUCUAUUACUCGUUCUACCUGUCCGCGUCGACGCCCCGACCACGUAGCAUACAGUUCGUCGAUGGAUCCGGCAGCAUACUCGAGGAGCAGGCCAUCGAUCCGGUCGGCGGCGUUUACCAAAACGUCACCGGCAAGCUCUGCGGUGUGUGGAGGCGCGUGCCGCGCGACUAUCGUAAAUUGCUUCGCGAGGAACGGCUCCACGUGUCCUUCCUCUGGGAGCCUUCGGCGAGCUUAACCGGUCAGUUGUCGCGGUACCGCGCUUUGUCGACUGAGCAAUACUCCUCUCUGCUAGAGCCGACGAUGGGCGUCGAUCGGUCCUUGAUGUCCGGCGCGGGAGCCACAGCUAUUGUGUCCGCUUCGUCUAUCUCGGCGCCUUCGAUCCACGUCUCCCUUGUGUUCAAUGGUCUCUUUCUGCCGAAUGACGUGGCGGAAGUGCCGUUGAUCGUCCAGUUAGAACAUCAGGAGAAGGAUUAUGUGGUCCUCCGCGAGGAGAUGGUCGUGAAAAAACCGUCGAACGAACUCAACUUCGGCGAGGUGCGCAGCGCGCUUUCCGGCGCCGACCUUCGUCUCUUAACCAGAGGCAAGUUGUCGAUCAGUAUUAUGUCCCGGAAAGAUCCGCAGGCUCUUCGUCUAGUCGGCACAGUUGGCCCGCGUGCAACCUGCGACAUGUAUCAGACACUGCUGCUGUCGGAAACGCCAUCCGUGGCGUCCGGACUGGCUUGGGCCUACUUGGAUCGCAUCGGAGCGCUACGCUACGGAGUUCAGUUAAUAGGCCUCGAAGAAGAGAGCCCUCUGGUGACCUUGGUGGACGAAGGAGGGAAACGCAGGAUGGAACUCGAGGAUCUGACGCCUUCGUUGGUCGGCGGCUUUGCGAACGGUUCCCUGGAUCGGCCCGGACCGAGACUCUUGGAGCCGCUCUUUAAAGGAGAGCUCUCCGUUGUGGCCGCGAGCCAUCUUGGCUCCAUGCUGCGCGGUAGACUGUUGGAGAGACCCGUGGCCGACGCCAGAGACACCGCCGCUCCGGUGUUACUGCGGAGAUUGAAUCGAGAACCGACUCAUUCCGGGCCGGUCGGCCUGAUUUGGACCGCGGUGGACUUGGACUGUUCCUUGCACUACGAGCUAGAGCUGGCUGGUUUCUCGUCCAGCUCCCAGGAGCCAAGGACGUUCCGGCUGUACUUGGAGACAAUGCCGCGAUUGGCGCAGGGUGCUCCCGUCGCCAGGAGACUCCUCGAGGAAUUCACCGGGUACUCGUUGGAGGGUUCCGUUACGGGGCUGUCGUCGAUGGAACUUUACAGGAUCGAGUCGGGCAUCGGUUUCCUCGAGGUGACGGAAAAGCAGGCUGGUCACAUCCUCAAGGCUCCUUUCAAGGCCAGGGCGCCGUUCAGCUGCCUGCCCCACUACGCCGACAAUGACGUCGCCUCCGUAGUGGCGUACAAUUUGCAGCCGUCCAAGUCGGAUUUCGAAACCGGCGCGUGCUUCCAUGAGACCAGGUUUUAUGAAGAAGGCACGCAGUGGACGUCGAACACAGAUUCUUGUUCCAUGUGCCAUUGUCAUCGCGGUUUACCACAAUGUGACUCGGUGCCUUGCCCGGCACUCUCCUGCACAUCAGGGAAGCAGGUCAAACAAUCGGUAGCUGGCCAUUGUUGCUCGAUAUGUGUAGCGAUAACUGUGGCGAAUAACACCACGGUCAAGAGCAACACUAUGAAAGGUUGCACGCUGGCUGGACAAUAUCAUUUAGCAGGAUCGUCCUGGCAUCCGUAUUUACCACCGGUGGGAUUCGACACCUGCGCGGUCUGCACUUGCGAUGCUGUCACGUUGGAAGUAAAAUGCCCGCGGGUGCAGUGCCCGCCGCUCGAGUGCGACGAGAAGCUCGCCGUCAGACCGGAGAAGAAGGCCUGUUGCAGGCAAUGCCCGGCAACGACACCUCGCAACGUGGCCGCCGCUAUAAACGACACCGCACGCUUACCGAGGGAUCAGGCCUUACCGUCCACACGGCGCACCGCGGAAGAGAUACUCGCUUCCGGAGGCUGCAAGUAUCCCGUCGGCGGGCCCUACGAGAAUGGCAUGGAAUGGCAUCCUCGAGUGCACUCACACGGCGAGAUGAAGUGCGUCAAGUGCCGCUGCAAGAACGGCGAGGUCAGGUGCGACAGGAAACGUUGUCCACGGUCGCUCUGUAACUCGAUCGCGCAUCAGAUGAAGCGUGGCGAGUACGUGGCGGACGUCGAUGACUGUUGCACGGCGCAAUGUCGCCGUGCGAGGCGUCAUCACCGCAACAACCAUCAUCCGGCGUCGCGGCACUCUGUGACGCCACGCGAGUUGAGCUGAGUCCGGUCAUCCUGCAAAAAUCGCUCGCUCCGGUCCACGAAGGAGAAGCUCGCGCGAGCACCGUAGUCAUCGUCUGGCCGAGAGAGAAAAAGGGAGUGUGUGUAUGUGUGUGUGUAUGUGUGUGUGUGUGCGCGCGCGCGUGUGUGUGCGUGCGUGUGUGUGUGCGCGCGCGUGUGUGUUGUGUGAGAGAGAGAGAGAGGAAGGAGGAGAGGGGGAGAGAACUGGUCGUUCUUCGUUUGUACGAGCGCGUCGCCAUAUCCGCGCGUGUCGCGCGAUCGCCGUUGUCAAACGACCGAGCCUUCGAAGUGGUAGCGAAACGACGAAAACGAAAUCAAACGAAUGGCUGUAACACUUGUGUGUCGAGAAAGAUCAUGGGAGCUAGAUUAUAUAUCUGUAGAUCUGCUAAGCCGAUCGUGUCAUUUAACCCUUUCGCUGUGGCGCAGUUCAUCGAAAAACGUACACCGCGUGAGAAUACUUCACCGUAAGCAGAAGGUCUAUUCUUUUUAUAGCUGCAUUUUUCGAUUUAUCUUGCAAUCUUUCAGUUUUCAUCAACCUCUUCCACCAAACAUCGCAUAUGUACCUACUUUUAAUUACCUAUUUUUUAAAUGCUGACAAUAUAACUUAAGGCCGAUUUUUCCAAUCUCUUGAUAAACUAACAGUUAAAUCAUAUGUAUGUCUGUGUCUAUUUAAAAAAAAAAAGACAAACGUAUGAUUUAACUUUAACUUACAGAGAUUAGAAAAAUUGGCCCUUAGUGCAGCCACAGCAAAUCACAGACCUAGAGUUUGCGCUGUCGUUUUGUCGCCGUAUAUAACAAUCAGACAAACCUGUCUCAUGACAAUUUUGUUUUCGUCGUUAUGGUAACAGAAUAAACCCAAGUGUUGUCCUUAUGCAAUAAUGUAAUAGCUUAGCAGCCGACUAUCUGUUUGCGCGUGUUCCGUUAUAAAUGACCGUUUGUACGCAGAUUUGCGGGCGGUCACAGUGGCGUUUUCAUAGCGGAAGAGUCAAGAAGAUGAACGAGAGGCGAGAAGAAGAAUCCACGGCGAGGUCAGCUCGACGCGAGACGCGUUUGUCGCAUUUCACUGAACGAAGAGGAAUAACACGAGAGCACUUGGAGAGUGUUCGAUGACGAGAUUAGUAAUUUUAACGACAGUUGGAUUGCGUUCGUUGCUCAAAGUUCGUUGUCGGCAAAAGUCAGCGAACGCUUACGCGUGCGCAUGUGCGUACAGGAAGCUGAGAGAACGCUAGUGUAAUAAGAGGAAGGACGUGGACGGUACAUCAUCUGAUGCUAUUCUUAUCCUCCACGACCGCUCGGUCGUUCGCUCUUAGACAGAGAAAGAGAGAGAGGAGAGAGAAAGAGAGCGAGAAAAGAGGGGCUCCAGCACCCGCAGCCAGACGCUUAUUAGUCAAUUGAUCCUCAUCAACGGACAAACGGAACGGAAACCGAGCGCCCUUCUACUCUCUUCGCGAUUAGUGACAUACGUUACGGUAACGGAAUGCCAAUGCGAAAACGAAGGGUGAAAACUCGGGAGGAAACGAGUUUUUAGUCGUGGCGGUAUCACAGUGCCCUACUAUAACCACUAAUCUCUUCGAGUUACCCAGCAACCAAAGAAGACUGAAGAACCUCCGAAGGCGAUAUCAGUUAUUACGCACGAUUGCUAAUGUUUACUAAUAACUUUCAACUUAUUAUGAUUAUUAUUUUAUUUUCACUAUCUCAUUUGUAUUAAUAGUAUUAUAACUGCUCUACUAGAUCUCUAGUACGAUUAGUGUCGUUAUAUAAUUGGUAUUAUUGCAUAUCGCUAUUGCUACGUCACUUUUAUUAUCCCAUAUAGCGAUUGUUACAGUUAAUCUAAAUUUUCGUUGGUAAGAGUUAUAUUUACGUUCUCUACGCGUAAUAUCUGCGUGACCCCUUCAACGAGAAAUAUAGCAACGUUAUUAUUCUACGUCCGAAUAAGCAGCAAUAAUAAUCGUUAUCGGUAGCUAUGUUCUUAUAAUAUUUAAGUUGUAUUUAUUAUUAGGAAUAUACAUAUCUUUCUUCGAUCGGACUGUUCGAGAGCCUCGACAAGUGAAAUAAUUUUCUAUGUUUCUCUGAUAACUCGAUAAUAAUCGGCUACGCAAUAACGUCGGUCGAUACGAAAUCGUGUAUCAUUGAGAUCUCUUGAUGAAUUUGUAACUCACUUUCUGAAGUGAUCAAAAUUAUCGAAGCUCAUCACCUAUAAUGACUCGGUGAAAUUUGUAGAAGCUGGUACAGGAGAUUUGCCAUAUACUUACCUAAUUAUAUUUCUCGUUUAUAUACGCAUACACAUGUAUCACUAUUCUGUUGUAAGUUUUAGGAGUAUACGAAAGCGAAACUUGACAAUAAGCUAACCCCCGGCUGUUUCUCAAUUUUAUAUAUUGUAAUCCUCCGUCUCACAUAUCACCACUCUGAAUUUUGUAAACUUCAUCGGCAAUUUAUCGGGCAGUAUCCCCGAGACAAUGAUAGUAUAUAAUCCAAAUAACAAUAAUAGUAAUAACAGAAACUCAAGGACUGCUGACUGGCGAAGGAACUUGCACAGCUGUCGAUACCUCCACCUCUCUCUUUUCAAACCUUCAACUUGGAAAUAGCGUUUAAUUUAGAAUAAAGAUAUUUACGGAACAUGUCAGGCGACAUAUAUGCCUUAACAUUAUCUUAUUCGACAUAAUGUGUUUUAUAUGAAGGAGUUGAUUCUCCGUGUACCCCAUAAGUGCCUUAUCGUAUGAAUAUGCAUCGUAGUCAGUGAUGUUAGCGUUGAGUAUGUGAAUGAUUUGUAUAUACACGUGUAUGAUUAAGCGGUCGAAAUCGAUCUUAUCCUAGCAACACUUACAUUAAUUAUUGUAGUGUAAUAUUUAUAUAUUACGCAUAUACAGGGUGUUCCCAAAACUACGAUAUUUCAGCGGCGUGUGUUCGCUGGAGUCCGAUUAGAGUUAAUAUUUUACUAAGCUUCGCGGAAAAGAUGACUCAAAACUUCUUGACUGAAAUUUUCAUAAGAAUUAUCGUACAUGGUCCGCGCGAAUUAAUUUUAUUUUUCACCCUGUAUAUCAAGUGAGACGCUAACUCUGUCUAUACUUGUGAAAUGUUUUUGCUAUUUUAAAUAACAGAAAGGGAAACAGAACUAGAGAAUCUUACGGUUUCGAGGACUACGUUAUAUAGCGGUAAUAGUUUCAUCAUGGGUGAAAACCACAUGAAGGUCAAUCUGAAUUUUUCACAUUGAAUCAUAGCUUCUUAAACAUUUACGUUUGUAGCCCUUUUUAUGGUGAAUAUGAAGAUCCAUGGCUCAAGAUCACUAAAGAUCAAAUGACCGAAUGCAUGAGCUCGAAAUACUUCGACAAGAGAUUUGAGGUGUCCUAAGCUCGUCUUCGGUCAUUUCACCUUCGGUGACAUUGAAUCAUAGGUUGCGUGCGUGCGUGCUUUCAGUGCCAUUCUAAAUCCCCGCGCAUGUUAUUGUUUACUGUCGAUUAUUAUUAUCGUCAUGAUUAUUUAAAGUCAUCCGCAUGUAUAAGUGAUCGGUCUUAUUUAGACAGACGAGUUAAUAUUAACUAUUUAAUUAAGCAGCAUGCUCUUAUUCUGACAUGCUUCAUGUAUAUAUGCUCUUUUAUUUAGUAAGGUUUAUCGGCGUACUACAUGCGUAUUAUACCGAUUAUCGGUGCGGUCUCCGUAACGCUUAUAUAUGUACACUUGAAUAGAAAUUCGAGGGCUCCAGGGAUAUGUGUGGAGCUUAGUGUCUAUAUUUGAUAAAAUUUACCGGGGCAGUUAACAUAAAAAAAAAAAAUGUAAAGAGAUGAGCAGUGUAUACGUAACUUUGCAUCGCAUGAAAGGAAGAGUCGUCGUUAUCUAGAGAGAAAAAGAGAGAGCGAGCGAGGGAGAGAGCUUAGUGAUCAAUUAAUAAAAUAGUAAAAGAGAAAAACGCGCGGCGAAAAGCGAACGUUGCUAGAGAUAUUUCAUGGAACAAAUUACAUUCUAUUGCGUUACGCUAAAAUAUUUUGUCGCGAUAAUCACAAGUUUGAAAAAAGUGUUCUGUUGCGGUGCGGUAAUGCGACAUCGUAUAUACAUAUACACGGUGUCCGAUAAUUCGAUACGAAGUCCUGAUAUACAGAUAGUUUAAGUCUAAACACAAUUUACUAAACACGAAAAUUCUGUACCAUUUUACGAACAAUCACAUAAAAUCUUGAGUUAUUAAUUGAAAAAAAUUGCUAAAUAAUCGCGCGUUAUACUUGUAGAUUGGGUCAAACUGAACAAAAAAGCCCUCUACUAUUGCACAAAUAACACGUAGUUUUUUUUAAUUAUAAUUCCAAAAUCUAUGUGUUAUUUGUAAAAUGGUAGAGGACUCUUUUCCUCAGUUUAAUUAAAUCUGCAAGUACACAAGCGUCAUCAUCAUAACUCAUAUAUCGCAUUGCGCACAAUCACUCAACAAUCUUUCUUAAUUAAUAACUUAAAAUUUUACGUGGUUGUUUGCAACAUAGAGAAAUUUUUUGUUUAAUUUGAUCUAAUUUAUCUGUAUACCGUGACUUCGUACAAAUUUUCGGAUCUUGUAUAUACACACGAUACCAUGAUUUUAAAUAAAUCUUUUGUAUUUCUACAUGAAAACCCCCUUCGCUGAGAGAAGCAUGUGACACGCGCACUUUGAAAGUUUCUGUAGAGAAUGGAAUCGAUGCUAUUCUGUACUGUGCCAAAACAAUUUAUUAAUUAAAAAAUUGUUAUUAUUA